AUGACAGACUACUGCUACUUCGAUAUCACGAUUGCAGGUCAGCCAGCCGGACGAAUCACGUUCGAGCUCUAUUCCGCUUAUUUGCCCAAGACUACCGAGAACUUUAAAGCCCUCUGCAUUGGCGACAAGACGAAUGAUGCGGGUGUGAAGCUCGCGUAUGCCGGCUCGAGCUUUCACAGAUGUAUCAAGGGCUUUAUGCUCCAAGCUGGAGAUUUCACCCGAGGAGAUGGAACGGGUGGUCUUUCGAUUUACGGAGAGAAGUUUUCACUGACUUGUCCAGACGAAGCCUUCAUCCACGAGCAUGACAAGCCGAUGCUGCUCUCUAUGGCCAACGCUGGACCCAACACCAACGGCAGUCAAUUCUUUAUCACCACUGUUCCCACUCCUCAUCUUGACGGCAAGCACGUCGUCUUUGGUCAAGUCGUCACUGGCAAGGCUCUUGUCAGACGAAUCGAGAACAUUCCAACAACCUCUGACAAGCCUAACGAGCCAGUCACAAUCGCGGCUGCUGGUGUCUUGAGCAAGGAAGAUAUUGAAGCAGAGCGAAAGAAAAUUCAAGAUUCGAAAGGCGAAGAUCCCUACGAGGAGUACCCGGUAGACGAGGAAUCUAUCAAUGUAGACAAGCCGGAAGAAUGUGCCACCGCUGCCGAAAAGCUCAAGGAAGUCGGAACGACGGCGUUCAAAGCUGGUGACUUUGCCAAAGCACUUGGCAAAUAUCAAAAGGCUUUGAGAUAUCUUGACCAGAAUCCUGUGCUCCCUGAUGGAACAGACAAGGCAGUAGCAGAGACCCAACGCAAAUUGCGCAUCCCCCUCCUCACCAACUCGGCUUUGGCGGCUCUCAAGUCUGAUCCUCCAGCCAACUCGCUCGCCGUCACCCUCGCCAGCAAAGCGUUAGCCGUGUCCGACCUCACGCCAGAAGAAAAGGGCAAAGCAUUGUAUCGUCGAGCUCUUGCCAAGACGGCCCUCAAAGAUGAGGAUGGUGCGACAAAAGACUUGAAAGAGGCCUUAGAAGCUGUGCCGGGUGAUGCGAACAUUAGCAGAGCGUUGAAGAACGUCGAGGUGGCCAAGAAAGCCAGGCUCGAGAAAGAGCGGAAAGCAUACAGCAAAAUGUUUGCCUAA